AUGGCCUCAGUCUCAGAGCUCGCCUGCAUCUACUCGGCUCUUAUCCUACGAGAGGAUGAAGUGACGGUGACAGAGGAUAAGAUCAAUGCCCUCAUUAAAGCAGCUGGUGUAAAUGCUGAACCUUUCUGGCCAGGCUUGUUUGCAAAGGCUCUGGCCAAUGUCAACAUUUGGAGUCUCAUCUGCAAUGCAGGGGCUGGUGGACCUGCCCCUGCAGCUAGUUCUGCACCAGUAGGAGGUACUGACCCCUCCACAGCUGCUGCCCCAGCUGAGGAGAAGAAAGUGGAAGCAAAGAAAGAAGAAUCUGAGAAGUCUGAUGAUGACAUGGCCUUUGGUCUUUUUGACUAAACUAGCUCUUUUGUAAUACAUUCAAUAAA